GUAGUCGAUCGUUAAACGAAGAAGGUGGAACGCGGAUAUCCGUCAGAGAGCCAGUGGACGUGCUGUGGUAUUAAGUGACCUCAGAACACUGCUUUAGACGACAUCCCCUCCAGCACAAUAAGCUUGUUACCCAUCGGAAACAGCAGCAGGUUCACGGCUGUUUCCACAGCUGUUAAAAACAGCUGGUUCCCAGCACACACCGAGCAGCCGGUAUGGACUCGUGGCUCCGCUUCUCCGCUCAGAGUCAGGCCAAGGAGCGACUCUUCAGGGCUACUCAGUAUGCCUGCACCCUGUUGGGCUACACCCUGCAAAAGGGUGGGGCAGCAGCUGAACUCCGCAAAACCGUCAGUCAGCUGGAAGCACACAUGAGCCUGACCAGAAAAUUGCUGCGUCUGGGAAACUCUGUUGAGGCACUGGAGGCCGCCAAGAGGGCCAUCCACCUCUCUGACAGCGUGCUGAGGCUCUGCCUGACCAUCAGCCACCUCAACAGAGCCAUGUACUUUGCCUGUGACAAUGUUCUGUGGGCUGGAAAGACGGGCCUUAUCUCCAAGCUGGACCAGCACAAAUGGAGUCAGAGGUCUUUCAGGUACUACCUUUUUGCUCUGAUCCUCAACCUGACUCGAGAUGUGUACGAGCUUCGGCUCCUGAUGGAGAGCGAAGCACGCUACAGAGCCGCCAAAUCCCCACCCUCACCCUACCCCAGCACCACUCUGCCCGAUGACCCACUGUCCUCCUCCGUCACUCCGGCAUUACCUGCUAUGUCUGUGUGGCUCCGCAGACAGCUCAACCUGAUAGUGACUGUGCUGUACAGCAACCCGCCGCUGCUCUUGGACCUGCUGAAGAAUGGCUGUGAUAUCUUCAUCCCUCUGGACCGGCUCGGGAUUUACCCCACAGGGUCAGGCUUUGUUGGGGCCUGUGGCUUGGCCUCCUCUGUCCUCUCUAUCCUUACCAUUGUCCACCCCUGGCUCAAACUCAAGCCAUGAACCCAGAUACACAGUGGAGAGGUCUCGAGGAGCCACAGGGAGGACUGAGACCAUGCAGUAAACAUACUGAUCGUCCUGUGAAGUAAGGGAAGUUCUGAAAUGAUAGCAGGGCGUCCAAAUCCCAAAGACAAGCCCAAAAUAAGUGACACUCAAAUUUCUUCCACUCUGCAUCAAAAACUGCUAAACACCUACCAGCCUCACUGAGCUGAUCAGUAGCAGCUCUGCUUCAAUGAGUCCACUCUGUGCUAAGGUGUAGUGAUGCUGCACAAAUCCAUGACAUUAUUCUAAUGGUUGUGGUGGGUUGCAUGUGUGACACAAGUUUCAGUCUGUUUAACUGAUCAUCAGCCACUCUAAUGGCCUUUGUAGGCAUCUGUUUUCCUCCCGACAUUACCUUUAUUCAUGUAAGAGAAGUCAAACUGUGACAUACUGACCCAGCUGUAGAUCUUUCAGUAAGUGUUACUAGCAAAGCUCUUGUUAACAACUAAUGUCCAAAUAAAUGUAUUUUAGGUUGGAGUCUCUCUUGGGACCACUAUACCCUGUAAGGUGUUGGUCAAGACAACAUGAAGCUUUUAAAUCUUGUAGCAUAAAAAGGCAAACUAAACAACAGUUGAACUCAGCAUUUCAUUUUAUGUCAAACUGCCCCAUAACCAGCCAGUGGUGGUCAGCAUCAUCUGCCAUGAAACUCUCAUAACAGAAGUCAUUCUGCACAGUCAAGAGUAUUGAGAAGGAAGCCAACUUAGUUAGCCUAGACAUUUAGUCUUAACCACUAGCUACACAACAGUGGGCAACAGUCUACUUAAUGAAGGGAAACACUGUAGACCAGUGGUCGCCAACCCGUCGAUCCCGAACUCUCUGGACUCACUGGCUGCGGUGGCGCCGCAGAUCAGCUGUGUGUCGGUUGUCUGUUGUUCACACGGCAGCGUGUCCGCUACUGGCUGCGGAGCUGCUGGUUUAUCUACUGCAUUACCUUAAAAACAAGUCGGUUUAUGUACUAAACUAAACACCAGGACACUACGGUAUGAAGACGCGCAUCUUCCAGUCUGUCGAUAACAAUCAAAGCCCCGUUAGAACAAAUGAAUGGAUUCAGAAAGUGAAACGCUAGAGUGCUUUUACUUUGAAACGGUUUCAGGAAGGUUUGUAAAUACGUUUGUCAUAUACAGAUAAACAUUGUUUCACUGAAGAAUCAACGGAUAAAAUGAUCUUUCACUUGAGUUUUAAUCCUUAUCUGUUGAAAUUAUGUCACAAACAUGCAUUUUAAAAUGUUAAAACCACUUUCUGUAUGCGUUUCAAAAUAAAAGCAGCGUAUUUGCAGGAGCAGAAGAGGCACGGCUUCAUACUGUA